AUUCUACCAGAAUCUAGAACAGUUUCUACUUCAAGGGAUAUUUUACCAAAUCCGGUGUGUCUUGCGUCCCAAUUGUGGCUUCUCUUUCCUUCCCGUCAUGAGACCGCCGCCACCGUUAUCCCACCCUCCAGAACUCAGAUGGAAUCUUUUCCACUCAAUCGCACUAUUCAAAUUCUGAGUGCGGCCGAGAAAGGCAAGUACGGUAUUCUUGCCCAGACGUGCUACGACGCCCAUUGUGUGAUUGGGCUUGUUCGCGCCGCAGAACGCAAUCGUAGCCCCGCAAUCUUGCAACUGUUUCCCGUCACGCUUGCCUACGGCAAAGGACCUUUCCUAGCUUUCUGUCUCAACGCCGCCCACAGUGCCUCGGUCCCGAUAGCUGUCCAUCUUGACCAUGCGACAGAUCCAGAACACAUCGAGCUUGCUCUCUCUUUAGCUGAGGAAGGCAUUGCUUUUGACAGUAUCAUGGUGGAUGCAAGCCACGCUGAUACCGACGAAGAAAACAUCUCAAUUGCCAAGCCCUAUGUUGACCGCGCAACCAAGCUAGGUAUUGCUGUAGAAGUGGAACUAGGGCGUCUCGAAGGCGGGGAAGCUGGCUUGCGGAUGAUUUCUGAUGCUAAGCUGACUGAUCCUGCUAAAGCAACGACCUUCAUCGAUGGAACUGGAGCGGUCAUUCUUGCCCCCAGCAUUGGCAACCUUCAUGGCUCGUACAUCAACCCACCGAACUUCCGACAGGAUAUCCUGAAAAACCUGCACGUAACCUUCGCCGACCACAUCCCUCUAUGUCUGCAUGGCACUGACGAGCUCCCUGACGAACUUUUUGUUGAGUGUAUCAAGAACGGUAUAAGCAAGAUCAACGUGAAUAGCUGGGGUCGCGACCCAUAUGCCAAGGCACUCGCGGCUGGACUACAAACUAAGCCCUUUCCUGAUGCAGUAGAAGAAGCUACCGAUAUUUUUGCUGGAGUCUGCGAUCGCUUCAUCCAAUUAUUUGGCUCGGCUGGGAAAGCAUAG